AUGUACUCAAUUCAGGCAUCUUUAUGGGGAUACGGGCCUGGGUCUGUCCAACACAUAGCUGGUCCCAACAGUGCAGUGGGCCAACAGACAGGACUGAAUGUGGUUCAGGCCACAGUAUGCUCCCACUGGGGUGCACCGACUGAUAAGAGUCUAAUCCAGGAUGGGGAUGUGAUUAUCGGUGGACUUUUUAACCUGUAUCACAUACCUUCAACUGUAGAUGAGGACUACACAAAGAAACCACAUUAUGAACCUUGUACUGGCUUAGAACUGGAGCCGUUAAAAUACUCUUAUGCCAUGGUGUUUGCUGUGGAGGAAAUCAAUCGAAACAACACCCUACUACCAGGAGUGAAGCUGGGUUACCGUAUACUUGAUAGCUGUAUCCUGUACCCGUGGGCUCUGCAAGGUGCAAUGUCAUUGGUUGGGGGAGACACACACAGCUGUAACUUGACAGCCUUUGCAGGUCCUAUUGAAUCUAAUGAACAACCUGUAGUGAGAGCAGGUGGUCUGCCUGUACCGAUGAUCAUUGGUGCUGCAUCCUCUACAACAGGCAUAAUGAUGUCCAGCACCCUGGGGCCUCUCUAUAUCAGCUACCUGUCAAGCUGCCCCUGCCUUAGUGACAGGCUUAAAUAUCCUAAUUUCUUCAGAACAAUUCCCAGUGAUGUUUACCAAGCUUGGGCCAUGGCACAAUUGGCCAUUCGCUUCCACUGGACAUGGAUAGGAGCAGUGGUGUCAAACAAUGAUUAUGGUCAGCUUGCAAUACAGGUAUUCCAGAAAGAGAUUUUUGGGAAAGGAGUGUGUUUGGAAUUCAUUGAGACCCUCAAGACAGAAACUAUUGUGACUGAUGCAAAACGUGCAGCACUCACAAUUCAAGCUUCGACUGCGAGGGUGAUUCUGAUCUUCUGCUGGUAUACUGAAGUAAAGAAACUGCUUCUGGAACUGGCCAAGAGAAAUGUGACUGACAGACAGUUCCUGGCAAGUGAGGCUUGGAGUACCAGUGAUGAUCUUCUCCAAGAUCAAACCAUCUCUAAAGUAACAAAUGGUGUUCUUGGUGUGGCCAUUCGUAGUUCAACUAUACCUGGAUUUGAAAAUUAUCUCAGAAGUUUGCAUCCAAUUCGUCGUCCUAAUGAUGUUUUCUUAAGAGAAUUCUGGCAAAAGGAAUUUGGAUGCAGUCCUCUUUCUUCCUAUUUCUCUUCAUCCCUCAUUCCAAGGUCUGACUACCUCACAAAUGUUUCUGCUUCCUCAACUGAUAACGUUCCUCCUCAGAAAAUUUCACCACCACUCUGCAGUGGAACAGAGUCCCUGGAGAACGUGGAAAAUCACUUUACUGAUACCUCUCAGCUAAGGGUGGCAUAUAAUGUCUACCUUGCCGUUUAUGCUGCUGCCCAUGCCCUUCAUAGCCUUCUCUCCUGUAAUACCCAUACAUGCACCUUUCAGAAAAACAUCAAACACAUAGAGCUGUUACAGCAAUUGAACAAAGUGAACAUCACCACACCACAUGGGGAAAGGUUUUACUUCCAAGGUGCUGACAUUCCAGCAAUGUAUGACCUCGUCAAUUGGCAGAAACAACCAGAGGGGCAACUCAAACUUGUCUUGGUUGGUCGUGUGGAUGGGUAACUCCAUCUUAAUGAGUCAGCUGUGCAGUGGAGCUCAGGAUCCAGUCAGGUUCCUUUUUCAGUGUGCAGUGAGAGCUGCCCUCCAGGUACCCGAAAGGCCAACAGGAAAGGAGAGCCUCUCUGCUGCUUUGACUGUAUCCCAUGCACUGAGGGGGAAAUAAGCAAUGAAACUGGUUCUCUAAAUUGUCAGCGAUGUCCAUCUGAGUUCUGGUCCAAUGUUAUGCAAACUGCCUGCGUCCCUCGUCAGUUGGACUUCCUUUCCUUUAACGAAACAUUGGGCAUCACUCUGACAACAGUGGCUGCAUCCGGUGUUGUGGUGACAACAGCUGUGUUUGUUCUAUUUUUUUGCAACCGCCAAACACCCAUGGUACGAGCCAACAAUUCAGAACUCAGCUUCCUGCUUCUUCUGUCCCUGAAGCUCUGCUUCCUGUGCUCACUGGUGUUCAUUGGUCGUCCAUCAGUCUGGUCCUGUCGGUUUCAGCAGGCAGCCUUUGGGAUCAGCUUUGUACUUUGUGUUUCCUGCCUUCUGGUUAAAACCCUCGUAGUGCUUGCUGUUUUCCGCUCAGCUCGGCCUGGUGCUGAAACCUUGAUGAAGUGGUUUGGUCCUGUUCAACAGAGAGGGAGUGUCUUUCUCUUCACCUGUAUACAGGUUAUUAUCUGUGCCACAUGGUUGUCCAUCAGUCCUCCAGUGCCUCGACGUGAUCUGGGUUUCCAAGGAUCAAAGGUCACACUAGAGUGUGCCAUGGGUUCCCUGGUGGGCUUCUCUCUGGUUCUUGGCUACAUUGGCCUGCUGGCCUGCACCUGCCUCCUCUUGGCUUUUCUUGCUCGGAAUCUUCCUGACAACUUCAAUGAGGCCAAACUGAUCACCUUCAGCAUGCUGAUAUUCUGUGCAGUAUGGGUAGCUUUUGUUCCUGCUUAUGUUAGCUCUCCUGGAAAAUAUGUUGUGGCUGUAGAAAUCUUUUCCAUCUUGGCCUCCAGCUAUGGUUUACUGCUUUGCAUAUUUGCCCCCAAAUGUUUCAUUAUUCUUUUGAGGCCAGAGAAAAACACAAAGAAACAGCUAAUGGCCAGAUAGUUGAUCUGGCUUAAAUGUAAACAUAGACCCUUAAUUGGAAGUUAGAUGUUUCUC